AUGGUAGAGGUUAAUGAGAUCCAGGCAGACCACAGCGACCUCCCUGAACAGGGUCCAGUAACCAUCACAGUGGCAGAUAUCCAAGAAAGGGUCUCCAGUAUGAAGAGUUGGACAGCACCAGGCCCUGAUAUGGUUCACACCUACUGGCUGAAAAAGCUGACUGCACUCCACGAACGCCUGGCAGCACAAAUGAACCAGCUGCUAGUUGACGAGAGACACUCAGAAUGGCUAACCGAAGGCAAGACAGUCCUGAUCCUCAAGGACCCCCAGAAGGGACCGGUCCCCCUCCAGUUCUCAACUGGUCACCGCUCCUUUCUUCUGACGUGGCGACCUUCUCAGCUGCUGCUCUUCUUUCUUCGGCCUCCCAGGUGGACUACUGGUUGGCCUGUUGCACAGUUGAACUGCUGUGGUUGUUCUGGCAACAACGUCAUAAGGACCCGUCCAGCGUGGCUCCUUCCACUUGCGUUUGAUAACCUUCAGCCACACCACCUUUGCUUCUGGGGUCACCUGGUCCGCUGCAUGCAGUCCAGAGGUAACCUGUUUUGUGAAACUGGAGACAAGACACUUCACUUCAUCCCAAUAUUCUGCAUGAGACCUGUUACUCCUUGUGGUGUGUUCCACCGGAACCUCUGUCCAAGGGCACCCCGGGUGUCGACAACACCAGACCAGGACCCAAAGGAGACCCCGGCAGCCCAGGGACACCAGUAA